AUGGAGGGAGCUCUCGUGAGUGCGGCGACAGGGGCUUUGAAACCGGUGGUGGAAAAGCUGUUCGCUCUGCUUGGUGAUGAGUACACGCGGUUCAAGGGGGUGCGGGACCAGAUCAGGUUCCUCACCAGCGAGCUCGCCACCAUGCACGCAUUCCUUCUGAAGAUGUCAGAGGAGGAGGAGGGGGGUCAUGAUCCGCUCGACCAGGCGUGGAUGAAGGAGGUUCGGGAGCUGUCAUACGACAUGGAGGAGUCCAUCGAUGACUUCAUGUUGCAUGUCGGUGACAAAGAUGCUAAGCCAGAUGGCUUCAUCGACAAGAUCAAGCACUCGUUGGGGAAGUUGGGGAAAAUGAAGACUCACCGCCGGAUCGGAAAAGAGAUCGAAGAUCUGAAGAAGCAAAUCAUUGAGGUGGGCGAGAGGAAUGCAAGGUACAGGACAGGAGGUGUCAUCUCCAAGAUGAGCAAUUUGACUAUUGACCCUAGAGCACUUGCUAUCUUUGAGCAUGCCUCCAAACUGGUUGGAAUUGAAGAACCCAAGGCUGAGAUAAUAAAAUUGUUGACCGAAGAGCAGGGAUGUGGGUUAACGCCACAAAAUCUGAAGGUGGUUGCCAUCGUUGGAUUUGGAGGGAUAGGAAAAACAACCCUCGCGAAUCAAGUGUAUCAAGAGCUCAAGGUGCAAUUCCAGUGCAGUGCUUUCAUAUCCGUGUCUCGAACUCCAGAUAUGAUGAGUAUUCUGAGAACUAUUCUUAGUGAAGUCAGCAAGCAACGCUAUGUUGAUACUGAAGCAGGGAGCAUCCAACAUCUGAUCAGCAAGGUCCAUGAUUUCCUAAUAGGCAAAAGAUACUUUAUUGUAGUUGAUGAUAUAUGGAGCGUGGGAGCAUGGGAAAUCAUUCAAGGAAAUACAAAAUAUGAAUGGGAGCAAGUGAAAGUUUCAAUAGGUUGUGCACUUGAAAGAAAUCCUAGUGUUGAAGGAAUGAUGAAGAUAAUAUCCCUUAGUUACUUUGAUCUUCCUGCUCACCUCAAAACUUGUUUACUGUAUUUGAGUAUAUUUCCUGAAGAUGCUAUUAUUCAGAAGAGGAGCCUGAUAUGGAGCUGGAUUGCCGAAGGAUUCAUUUAUAAUGAGGGCAGAUAUACAUUGUACGAGUUGGGAGAGAAUUCAUUUGUGCCAGAGAAGCUAGUCUUGUAUCAUGUCCGGUCAUUUUAUGUGUUCGGGCAUUUAGGGGAAAUCCCUUCUCUGGAUCGAUUCAGGCAUUUGCGUGUUCUGAACUUUGAAUAUUGUCACGGCAUAGAGAAUCGCCAUAUUGAAGAUAUAGAGAGGCUAUUACAAUUGAGAUACCUAAACCUAAGAGGGACAAGAGUUAGUAAGCUCCCACAACGAAUUGGAGAUUUGUGGUGCUUAGAGAUGCUGGACCUAAGAGGCACCAGUGUCCGUGAAUUACCAGCCUCCGUUGUCAAUCUCAAAAAAUUGGUGCAUCUACUUGUUAAUUUUACUGUUAAAUUUCCUGAUGGAAUUGCAAAGAUGCAAGCCCUGGAGAGUUAUAUGAAUGUCAAGGUCCCCCGGUAUCCAAUUAAUUUCCUGCAAAAACUUGACCAGCUAAAGAAUUUGAAGAAAUUGCGCCUUGAUUUCGAAGAUGUUUCCAACACGAGAGAUGAAAAUGGAGUUACAGAGGAGUACGUGAAAGCAAAUGUAUCUCCUCUACAGAACCUUGAUGGUCUUCACAUUUGGAAGAAUAUCAAAACACUCCAUGUUAUGGGUUCAACCAUCACAAGGAUUCCGAACUCAGUGGGCUCCCUACUCAACCUCCGGUCAGUAUUUCUUCGGAUGGAUCUAGUCGGGAAGAAAGACCUCUGCAUUCUUGGUGGAUUACCUUUGCUGCUCAAGCUAGGUCUAUCAAUUGGAAAGUGUGAAGGUAGCCAUAAUAUCAGAGUCAUAGUCAGUGGUGCACAAGGGUUUUCAUGCUUAAGGAGUUUUUGUUAUGACAUAUCGGGUGCCGAGAUGGAUUUUAUGUUUACAGCAGGAUCCAUGCCGAAGCUAGAAGUAUUAAUAACUUAUUUCGAUAUAGUUAAAAUAGAGGCUUUCACUCCUGGCGAUUUUGAUUUCGGAAUUGAAAACCUCACCUGCCUCACUACAAUCAAAUGUGGAGUAUUUGGCCGUAAGAGUGAGACUGAUGACACGACAAAGGCUGCUAUGGAGAGAAAUAGGUUUGACGGCAAUCUUAAUCUCUGUCCCCGUGACCAUCACGUCGAUAAACAAGUUAUCAGGGACGGCGAACAUGGAGGUGGAUACCCGCCCUCCUACGCACACGACUGGUAUAUCUUCGGCGACGGGUGCACAGCUCGCUCUGACUCCUUUUAA